AUGGAUCCAGAUGAGAAAUACAACCACCCAUAUCAGCCUUAUGAGAUCCAAAUUCAACUCAUGAGUCAAGUCUACCGACUUCUCGAAAGCAGCAAAAAAAUCGGUAUAUUUGAGAGCCCUACAGGUACAGGUAAAACAUUAUCGCUUAUUUGUCCUACAGUAACCUGGCUCAGGAAACACAAAGCAGAGUUCUUGAAUAAAUCUGACACCGUGUCUCAUUCUGCGGACGGAGAUGUUUUUGCAACGAACCAAGGUGACAGCGACGAUGACAGCGACGAUGAUCCAGCCUGGGUGAAAGAAGCGUUUACUGAUUCGGUACUUAAGGAAAAACUAAGAGCACUGAAAGAAUAUGAGGAACACUUGGACUCUACAAGCUUUACCGCAAAUGUGGCGAGUGCUCUUUCUGCUGAGAGAGGUGAACGCCGUCACUUAAAAAAGGCUCGUGUGGUACCGCACGUCCCGGUAGUUUUUGAGGAGAGUAAGUUUCUGCCGGAAAAUGACCCCUCACCGGCAGUGCUCGAUAGUGAAGGAUCAGCAGAUGACAAGACGAGACUUGAUGCAGAAGUAAAGGCUUUGUUAGGUAAACUUGAGGGUUCGCAGCGAGAAGAAAAGCCGUCAGGCUCCAAUAUCCCAUCACCAGUCAAGAUUUUUUUUGCCUCAAGAACACAUUCGCAACUAUCUCAAUUUGCAUCACAGCUGAGACUCCCCAGCUUUCCAUCAUCUAUUGAGUCCCUGGAAAAAGAGCGGAUUAAACUUGUACCGCUCGGAUCACGCAAGCAGCUUUGCAUCAACACCAAAGUAUCACAAUCCCCAAGCCAUACAAUAAAUGACAGAUGCAUGGACGCAAUAAACAAGAAAGAAUGCGAGCCUUAUACCAGGUCUAAGGAUCCCAGCAACGCUAAGAUGUUUAGAGAUUACGCCUUUCAUGCAAUUCACGACAUUGAAGACAUCGCAGCGAUUGGUAGAGCCACGAACAUUUGUCCCUACUAUGUUACUCGUGAGUUUAUGGAUGAUGGCGUAGAGAUCGUCACACUGCCCUACCAACACUUGCUUAUGGACACCACGCGCGACGCCUUGGGGAUUGAUUUGAAAGAUUCCAUUAUUGUCAUUGAUGAAGCACACAACAUUAUAGACACCAUAAACAGCAUCAAUUCGGCGGAAGUAACUCUAGCGGAUCUCAGAGAGUGUAAAAUGGGAAUCAAUCUAUACAUGCGCAAAUUUCAAAAACGUCUAAGCCCAGAGAACAGGGUCAACUUGAGAAGGCUUUCAAGUUUAGUUGCCCUACUGAUCGCAUUUCUUGAAAAAAAUCAUAAGAAUGGCCGUACGUUUGAAAGCUUUGAUAUAUUUGCGGGGACUAAUGCAGACACGUUGAACAUUCACAAUCUAGAGCGGUAUAUGAAAAGAACAAAGAUAGCAUACAAAAUCGACAGUUUCAUUGAGUACGAACAGCAGGAAGAAUCUAACGGCCACAAAAGUCGAGAGCCAGUCCUUUUCAAGGUUGCAGCAUUUUUGAAGACUUUGGCUAAUCCCUCUGCGGAAGGCCAAUUCUUUUUUGACGCAGAUAAUAGCAUGAAGUAUAUGCUUUUAGAGCCGAGCUCCAGUUUUGAGAGUAUCGUUCAACAGGCCAAAUGUGUUCUACUAGCAGGCGGCACCAUGGAGCCUGUGUCUCACUUCAAAAACAACUUGCUUCCUUUUGUUGAUAAGAGCCAAAUCACGACAUUUUCUUGUGGACACGUAAUUCCAGAUGGGAAUCUGAAUACCUUCGUGGUGGGUGGUGAUUUUGAAUUCACAUUCGCUAAACGUGAAGACCCAAAACUCCUGACUGAGCUAUACAACUUUCUCCUGAAACUGGCUUCCAUUAUUCCCGACGGACUAGUGAUCUUCAUGCCAAGCUACAAGUUUCUCGAAACCGUUCUGGAAUUCUGGAAGACGCGUUUCAAUACGAAAGACGGUUUAGGACCAAAAAAACUCUUUUAUGAAGAAGCAGCCAAUCCUGAUGUUUUUGCUCUUUAUUCGCAUCAUGUUCAAUUGAAAACAGGAGGUGCGAUUUUAUUUGCAGUAGUUGGGGGGCGUCUAUCGGAGGGGAUAAAUUUCCAGGACGAGCUGGCUCGAGCCGUCAUAAUGGUCGGAUUACCUUUUCCUAACAUGUUCAGCGGUGAGCUGAUAAUCAAAAGAAAGCAUCUCGAACAGAAAGUGAUUCGAAAUGGUGGCGACAAUAAAGAAGCAAAUCUCGCUGCUCGCGAUUUUUACGAGAACAUCUGCAUGAAAGCCGUAAAUCAAAGCAUAGGAAGAGCAAUUAGGCAUGCGAAUGAUUAUGCGAAUAUUUAUUUGCUCGACAAAAGAUAUGAGUCUCCGCACAUUCAAAAUAAGCUAUCCAAUUGGGUAAAGGAAAGAAUAUCGAGCUCCAGAGACAUUCUCGAGAUUAUAACGCUGAGCAAGACCUGGUACAAAUCGAAAAGCCCUUGUGACUAA